UACUGGAGCUGUUGCAGCCGCUGCAGCCGGCGGCAGCUGCUCCCAGACAGCUGCCGGCCAGCUCAGAGCGAGAUGAACACACUCAAGCAGUCCUGCACAGCUUCUGUCAAACGUUCUCCGGCCGGACCUUGCUAUGUGGACCGGCGAGGAGGACCAAACGGUCCACAGACGACAUCUGGACAGACAUCUUAGCCAACAGCACUGCGAAAAUGCCGGACACCAAGUGGUGCGGCACGGGCACCAGUGCCACCAGCUACGACGACCUGGGGUCGGCGCGAGCCACCGACCUCUGCUGUCGGCAGCACGACCACUGUCCGGUGUCGCUGGAAGCCGGGGAGGCGCGGGGCGGUGUCACCAACACCGGGCACUUCACACGGUCAGACUGUGAAUGUGAUGCUGCGUUUUUCCACUGUCUGGUCAAGGCUGCCACGGUGCAUUCACAACUAGUGGGAGAGCUCUACUUCAACCUUCUGGAGCCAGACUGUAUCGAGAGCAGCACUACACGAAGUGAGAGGCGUGAAGAAGCUCGUGAGGACCAGAAUCAGGCCAAAGACCAAGACUCGUCUGAGGACCAGGACGAGGACCAGACCCGGGACCGCUCUCCUCAGCGAGGUGCGCGUCUGCGGUUCGUCCGCCAGCCGCUGGCCGGUCAGUUUCCCGAGCCACCCAAUGAAGAGGCGAUGGCAGACCGGGUCGAGGCGCUGGCCGCCAGGGCACUGGGCGUAUUCACUGCGGGGAGGUAGUUGGACUAUAGCGGGCGGACAGCGGGGUUUACAAGGCGGCCUGGCACUGCGGGUCGGGCAUUUGGUAGAGGACGGGUGUGGGCUGUGGGUCUGACAGUGUUUCAGUUCACAAUAAAGCGGACGCAUUGUACACGAUGCGUGCUUGUAUGAA